GUCUUCUUGGAAUUAUUACCAAGGUUACCUUCAAACUUAUGAAAAAUUAUUAUAUUACUGGCAACCAAGUUGUUGCUCCGAUUACCCCAUUAUCACACGAUUUCAAUGUUGGCUGUCCAAUUGAUUUACUUGGUGAUGGUGAUAAAGAGCAAAAAAUUCCAAGCAUUUAUGAAUUUUUUACGAACUGUAAAGAAUACGAUGCUGAUUAUUCUCGAAUGUUUUGGUGGCCUCAAGAUGGUGUCAAUCGAUUAACAAUCUGGAAAGCUAAACCUAUUCCUACUCAAAGUGCUGAUGGAAUACCAUUACCUAUUAAAUCAUACAAUGAAUUUCCUGUUUUUGCGGGUUCAGAGAUUCCUGCUCAAUUAGUUGCUAGUUUGGUGAUGAUAGCUUUGAAUUUAUUCUCAUCAGAGAAUAAAUUUUAUAAAAAGAUUGCUGCCUAUUUAAUAAAUUUAUUUAAUCCAAUUGGGAUUCAAGAGUUUCAAGAUAAAUGGUACAUAGUAGGAACCUUUGCAACAGAAAUCUAUACUACUAAAAAAUCACAUUUUUGGUUGUCACAAUCAUACAAUACUGACAGCGUACGAAUUGAUAUUCAAUAUUUUCAAAAAAAUCUUAUUGGUACUUCGCGUAAAUUUUUUCAACCAUAUUGGGAUGCCUUUUAUCCUCACAAUUUUAGAUGUCAUUGGGGCAAACAUAUUCCUGAAGGGUAUGGCAAAAGGGUUAGAAGUUUGUACGAGAAGUAUGAUGAUUGGAUGAAAGUCAGGGAAGAAAUGGACCCUAAACAG